AUGGACUACUUCCGCCAGAUCUCCUCGGCGUUGGCCAAAGGCGGCGGCCCUCUUCCGGGGAUCACGAUCGGUGAAGAGGUGUCAUCAUUCACAGGAAAGACAAUAUGGACGCUGUACGAUGGCGUGCGCAAGGAAGACCAGCUUCCAGUGAGCGUGUUUGUGUUUGACCCGUCGCGCGCGUCGCAGGUGCAGGUCGCGAUGGCGCAGAAUGCCGUGCGCAAGCUCCGAUCUGUGCGGUUUCCGUACGUGCUCAAAUUCCUGGACAUGGCCGAGUCGCAGGGGUCGGUCUACAUGGCUGUCGAGCGCGUCACGCCCUUUACGCAGGUGCUUGAGACGUGGCGCGAGGGCACGCGCGAUGCGGCGAGUGCCGCAUGGGUCGCGUGGGGCAUCAGCCAUGUCGCGAGUGCUGCUGCGUUCCUGCACACGCAGGUGCGCGCGAUCCACGGCAAUAUUCAGGCGUCGAGUAUCUUUCUGUCGCCGGCCGGCGAAUGGCUCCUGGGCGGCUUUGAAACGCUGACGUCUCUUGACAAUGCAACCUUUCUCGCACAGUAUGGUGGGCAGCCGCCGAACGCGCGUGAUUUUGCAGCGCCCGAGGUCGCAGGCGGCUGGGGGCGCAUCGCCGAGCUGCCGAUCCAUGCCGUGGACUCGUAUGCGAUUGCGCUGCUUGCACUCGAGGCAUGCAACGACAAGAUUCCCACCAACCUGCGUGCGUUCCCGGCCGGGCGUGUGCCUGCGCCGCUCUAUCCGCUGCUGAAGCAGAUGGUCGUCGCCGAGCCGACGGCCCGCCUGUCCGCUGCCCAGCUCGUCGAGGCCGGUCAGAAGCCCAACGGGUUCCUCACGACCAACGAGCUGGUACGUGCGAGCUCGAUGGUCGAAGAGUUCCGUGUCGCCGACCCUAUGCAGAAGGAGGCGAUCCUCGCCGAGCUCGAGAGACUACAGCCGCGGCUCCUGCCGACCUUUUCGCAGUUCAAGGUGCUGCCGGUGCUGGUCGAGGCAUUCCGCAGCAAGCCUGUUGCAAAUGGGCUUAAUGACGGCCUCGAGCUCUCGACGCGUGUCCUGCUUCCACUGAUGCUGCGGCUGGGCGAAGGAUUGUCGGACGCACGCUGGAAGCUGGCACUCGGCACGCCGAUCGUCGAUGCGUUUGCCACGACUUACUCGCCGAUGCGCGCCGCCCUCCUUACGCAUAUGAAUCUCUAUGCAGAGCACCUCGAUGCACGCGCAGUCUCGGGGCGUGUAUGGCCGGCCAUCUCGUCAUGGUUCGAGGACCCCCACGAGGUGGUCCGUGCCGCGGUCUUGCAGAGCAUCCCCUUGCUUGUGCCGAAACUGAGUGACCGGGCGCUGAACAACGAUCUGCUGCGCCAGCUCGCCAAGACCCAGGUCGAUCCCCAGCCGGCGUUGCGUAUCGAGACGACCAAGCUGCUCGGCAAGCUCACACCGCACCUCACGAUGGCAACACGCGCCAAUGUCUUGGUCCCUGCAUUUGCACGCAGCCUCAAGGAUAACUAUGAGCACGCGCGCCUUGCCGGUGUCGAUGCAUUCCGUUCGAACCAGGACUCGUUCGAUGCGGAAGCGUCAGCGCGCCAUGUCUUGCCUGCCUUGUCGCCGUGCUUGGUCGACAAGAACGGUGAUGUGCGCGAGUCGGCUAUGGCCACCUUGCAGGCAUACCUCGACAAAAUCAAGCUGCACACGGCAGGACAGUCAAGUGUCACGACCGAGCUGCCGCGCGGCCCGACGAUGCCGGCCACGUCGGCUGCCGCCGCGAGUGAGCCGCGCUCGGGCUUUUCGUCUUUCUUGUCGGCAACCGCCGGCAGUGCCGCCUCGGCGCUGAGCGACUGGGCCAUGGCCCAGAUCGAGGACGACGAGCGGGCGGCGACUGCACCUGCGGUACCAGAGCCUCUCGCACCGCCCACGCCUACCAUGUCGGCGCCGGCGACGCCGGUGAUUGUGUCGCCGCCCGCUAGCGGACGCAGCACGCCGUCAACGACCGACCGCAGCAUGAGUCUCGGAAAGAAACCGGCACAGCCGCUUGCCCAGGCCUUCCAGGCGCAGCCUAAGGUUUCUAUGGCCGGACUUCAGCCCAACUUCAAGAGUGCGCCGUCCGUGCGUCCAGCGCCGGCUGUGCGCCCCGCUCCGGCACCUGCGGUGCGCCCUGCGGUGCGCCCCGCCGCGCCUGCUGCGGCUCCUCGUCCUCCUGCCCCUACUCCCCGCCCUACUCCUGCCCCUGCCCCCACCCCGCGCCCGUCAGCCCCCGCAGCACCGGUUCCUGCGCCGCCCAAGUCGACCACCAAUGCGGCAGCCAAGGAGAAGAUGGCGCAGCUCCAGCGGAUGCGUGAAGAGCGCCUUGCGGUACGUCUCUCUACUAACUCAGCGUAA